GGUGGCCGAGCCAGGCUGGCGCCUGCGCCCCCCCUCAUCGCACCACCGCCGUCACCCGCCGCGCAGCCCGUGGGGCGCCCUUCCCGCUUCACCGACUCCGGCCCCGGGGCCUCCGGCUGUGGUGCUGCCGCCCUCCGUCCCGCCGUCCCUCCCCGUCCAGCUCGGGCCGCCGGGCUCCCGCAGGCCCCACCGCCCGCGUUCCUAUGGACAGACGCACAGACACCUGCAGGAAAGACACUGCUGAUCCUGUAACAUGGAGGAUUGUCUUCAUACCUCAUCUGAGAAUCUGUCCAAAUUGGUCAGCUGGGCCCACAGCCAUGGGACCAUUUGCAGCCUCAUUCCAAACCUGAAACACUUGCUUUCUGAAGGUUCCCAUGGGAACCUGACUGCAAUGUGGGGCUGUAGUGCCGGCCAUGCGUACCACUGGCCACUAACAGCUACUUGCAGAGCUGGGUCCCAAGAGAGGGUUUGUUUCCAGGACAACCGAAGUUUUAAUUCUGAUAGUCCCAGUAUAAUUGGGGUGCCUUCUGAGACACAGACUAGCCCUGUGGAGAGGUACCCUGGGAGACCUGUGAAGGCAAAGCUGGACUGUAAUCGGACCAGAGACUCUUGUGACUUCUCUUACUGCAGUGAGCCCUCGGAACUGGAUGAAGCUGUCGAGGAGUAUGAAGAUGAAAAUACACUGUUUGACAUGGUUUGCGAGUCUUCUGUUACAGAUGAAGACAGUGACUUUGAACCCCAAACCCAGAGACCUCAAAGCAUUGCUCGAAAAAGGCCAGGAAUCGUCCCAUCUUCCAUCCAUUCAAGUUCCCAGGGACAGAUGGUCGAUGAAUGCAGUAAUGAUGUCAUCAUCAAGAAAAUCAAGCAAGAGAUUCCAGAAGAUUAUUACAUUGUGGCAAAUGCAGAGCUGACUGGAGGAGUGGAUGGACCAGCCCUUUCAUUGACACAGAUGGCAAAACCCAAACCCCAGACUCAUGCUGGUCCCUCCUGUAUAGGGUCUGCUAAACUGAUUCCCCAUGUAACAUCUGCCAUCAACACGGAAUUAGACCCACACAUUCUGUCAGCCUCUCCCUCUGUUAUCUCCAGACCGAUCAUCCCAAAGACUGCUAGGGUAUCUCUGGCUUCACCAAACAGAGGACCCCCUGGUGCCCAUGGCACUGCCCACCAGGUGACCAUGCAGAUGCCUGUGAGCACAUCACAUCCUAACAAACAGAUCAGUAUCCCUUUGUCUGCCCUGCAGCUGCCUGGACAGGAUGAGCAAGUUGCUUCGGAGGAGUUCCUGCCCCAUUUGCCUAGCCAGGUCUCAUCAUGUGAGGUAGCCCUUUCUCCCUCUGUUAACACAGAGCCUGAAGUGAGCUCCAGUCAACAGCAGCCCCCUGCUGCUCCAACCAUAACCACUGAAGCCACCGCGCAGUGCAUUCCAGACCAGGAUGAAAGAGCAGCUGAGCUCAGCAGGGAGCAGAACGAGAAAACCAUCAGGAGCACGCAGACUGCGCUCCGCAAUUUCCCUUAUUCUACUAAGCUCAACAAAUUUCCUGUAUUUAAUAUUAAUGAUGACUUGAAUGGUCUGUGUACCAGUGCAGUGAGCCCAAACACCACCAAAGCCACGAGGUACGCCCUAAAUGUGUGGCGCUACUGGUGCAUGACCAACGGGCUCAAAGACCACACGGACAUCACCAAGAUCCCUGCAGUGAAGUUGAAUGAGCUGCUUGAGAACUUUUAUGUCACCGUCAAGAAGAGUGACGGCUCAGACUUCCUGGCUACCUCGCUUCAUGCCAUUCGCCGUGGCCUGGACCGCAUCCUGAAGAACGCGGGUGUGGGCUUUUCCAUCACCAGCAGCACCUUCAGCUCCUCCACCAAGAAACUCAAGGAGAAGCUGUGGGUCCUGAGCAAGGCAGGGAUGUCGGGGGCCCGUUCCCGCAAUAUCGUCUACUUCUCCCUUUCUGAUGAGGAGGAGAUGUGGCAGGCAGGGUGUCUAGGGGAUGACAGCCCAAUUACUCUCCUGUCCACAGUGGUCAAGUACAACAGCCAGUAUCUGAAUAUGCGGACACUGCAGGAGCAUGCAGAUCUGAUGUAUGGUGACAUUGAGUUGCUCAAAGAUCCGCAAAACCAGCCCUACUUUGCCCGGACCGACAGUGUCAAGCGGGAGAGCCGGAGUGGUUCAACCAGAGUGUGCCAUGGGAAAAUCUACCAUGAGCACUCCAGGGGACACAAGCAGUGUCCUUACUGCCUCCUCUACAAGUACAUGUACAUCCACAGGCCACCCACCCAAAUGGAGGCCAAGUCUCCCUUCUACCUGACAGCCCGGAAGGAGGCCACGGACAUGGGCAGCGUGUGGUACGAGGAGCAGAGAAUGGGGUUACGGUCUCUCCGGGGAAUCGUCCCAAAUUUAGCCAGGAAGGUCAAGCUGGAAAACUGUGAGAACUUCACCUUCGUCUCCUUCACUCAGGUCUCCAGGCGACUUGGCUCCCAUAGCUGCUGCCAGUGAGCCCUCAGGGCCAGCAGGUUCUGAAGCCGCAGAGACCGAUGUCCUGGCUCCGUGAUCCAGCUGGUCUCCGUUACUACAGCCGGCCAUUCCUCAGACUUGAGAUUCACUUUUACAUGAAAGUCGAUGACUGAAUAAUUUGGAUGUUUUAUCUAACUGUUUGACACCUUGUUAAAUCAUAGAAUAUAACACAAUAUAAAAUUACUAUAUACAAAAGUGAAGAAAUUCAUUUUAUCUAGUGCCUUUUUAGCACAGGUUUUCUUGGAAAAAAAGAAAAGAAAAAGAAAAAAAAAUGUUUUGAGUAGUUACUUAAAAAAUAUCCCAGUAGCCCGGUAGCUUUAGAAUGGUAUAGAAUUACAUAUACUUUGUUGGUUUUCUGGGGUUUUUUGUUUUUCCCCACGUAGGGACCUAGAGCAGGAGAGGCAGACAUAGUAGAGAAAACUCUCACUCAGCACCCUUGUGUUUUGUUGGUGCCCAGGCAGUGGGCUGCUUGCAGAGAUAAAAGAUACAUUGUUGCUGUGCUGUCCAUAGAGGCAGUUUGGUGACAGGAAGAUCAGUUCUCUGAAAGGGUGUGCAGUGGACUCGGUGGUGUGCACUGUGAGGAGUUCUAGUUAGCGGAGGGUGGAUUUGGAAAGCCGCCUCGACCCAGAUGUGAAACCCGCCUGAAGCAGAAGUGCCUGCGUCUUUCCAGUUCUCCUUUGAGAACACUUGCUGUUUCAACUUCCUUUUGUUUGUUUUGUUGUUUAAUCUGUGUUGUUAUAUCUCGGAUUUACAUCUCACAGUUGUGUUGGCAGGAGUCCCUGGACCUGUGAGGCUAGCAGCGAUGCUUGACUAGGAGAAUCAACAGAGUAAGCCACAAGGCAAACGCUCCCAGGGCAUCUUAAGGACCCUGGGAAUCCUGUAGGCUGGCACUAUGUUAGGGACACUGAUUCAGGCAGCCUGCCAGGAAACCAAGCCCGGCACAGGGACAUAGUUACUGGAUCAGAGUGUCACGGUAGGUCAUUCCUGCAUUUAAAAAUCAUUUCACAUUAAUAAAAGUCAACCUGACCGUGUGUUACUUAAGAAGCAGACUUUCCUAGCACCUACUGUGAAUACGUGUUUUUAAAAAGGAGCCCAAAGAGUGCUAAUUAAUAGUGAUUUCUACUCUAUUUUCUAUUCCAGGAAAGACUGCUCUAAUUGUACCAUUAUGUUCUUUCUAUGUGUGCUUUCUAAUCCCAAAUUAAAGUCCCAAUGCACAUUCAUAUUGCACAAGUCUUUAAAUUAGUUAUUUCUUUUUCAAAGCAUUGUUUUAGUAUUUACUUAAAACCAUUGUUUUCAAGUCUCUCACUAGUCACUGAAGUAUGUGACUCUUUACCAGAGAAGACUCAGCCAAUGCUGCCUUAAGGUCUCAUGUUGUUCCCUUCCUCGUGACUACAUGUCUAUAGUUCUGUGUACUAGGUACUCCCUGGGUAGUGAUGAGUUUUAGUAUCUCCCUCUGUGUGUAAAUAGCAGGUAAUUGAGAAUCAGUGUUCUGACUUGAUCCCGUGUCUUGGUCUGUAGUGGUUUCCAAUUGUGAGUUUAGGUUUUGGUUUAGAAGAGAUAGACAAGCCCGGUGGGGUGGCACACACCUUUAAUCCCAGUACUUGGGAGGCUGAAGCAGAUGGAUCUCUAUGAAGGCCAGUUCCCAGACAGCCAGGGCUACACAGAGGAACCCUGGGGGCAGUGGUGGGAGGUUGGGGAGAAGAAGAGACACAACAUUAGGUCAGCCUUCUUUAGUUUGCUGAACACCCAAAGGGUAUUUUGUUUGUGGAAAACAAAGAGUCAUCUUGUCAGUGCUGCAUGGAAGAUGGAGACAUGACUUGAAUGGCCAGGUCGCAGAGUUCAAGGACUAACCCCUCCAAUUUUAUUUUAAAUAGCUUCAAAAUGUUGCCAUUAGGUAUGCUGGGGUCUUUUCAACAUUUCCAGAAGUAGCAAUAACUGACCAGAGGCUGUUAAUCUUCCUAUUAACUGUAACUUAGCAUGCCAUAACCUAUCUGCUUCAGCUGACUGCCUGUCACCUAUUUGAUACAUUGUAAAUUCUCAGAAUUCAGAAGUGAACAAUUAUACUAAAAACUCAGGGGUCAGAUCUUCACUUACACCCGAUGGGAUGAGAAUGCUUCUGAGUUAGGUCUCCUCAGGUCGUGGGAGUAACACACGUGCUUCAAGGACUAGCAUAUGGCCAUGUGCAACUUUGCUACCUAUGCAGAUGUGUGCGUGUGUGACACACUUUAAAUCAGCGUGUGGCGAAGCUGGGGGAGCCCACUGGCAAGGUAACUGUCUGCCUGGGACGCCAUGCUGUGGAGGCCAGAGAGUUUGUGGCUGAGUUAUUCUGUCUUUCCAGUCAGCUCUGUGCCGGUGCCACAGAAGGGAUGCAGCAAGCUCCAGCUGGUCUCCACUCACCUUCGAGUUUCUGUGCUCCACAGCUGGCAUGGUUAUCAAGAGCUUUACGUUUGAGCUGGGGCAGCGGCUCAAUGGCAGAAUGCUUGCCUCACCGCACGUGCAAGAGCUUGGGGGUCCAUUCCCAGCACUAAAGGAAAAUUCUUUCCCUAGUUAACCUAGAUGCAAGUUGCCUCUGAGCCCUGCAUCUGUGUUCUGAGAGGACCCUUAGAGCUUGGGUGAGAUCAUCCCUCAACACCUUUUGUAUUGCUCUAACAGGAGGGGAGGUAGGCAGAGUGGCACACUCCUGCAGUCUCAGCACUCAGGAAACUGAGGCAGGAGGUUUACUAUGAGUUGAGGGCCAACCUAGGCUACCCAGUGAGUUUUAAGCCACCUUGGGCUACUGAAUGAGACUCUGUCCCCAAACACUUAACAUUCAUUAAUUAGAGGGCUAGAGAUGGCUCAGCCAUUAAGGGCGCUGCCUAUUCUUCAGAGGACUUGGGUUCCACUCUAAAUACCCACAUGGCAGUCCACAGUCCACAUCUGACACCCCCUUUUGGCCCCUACAGGCACUAGGCACAAACAUAGAGGACAAACAUACAUGCAGGUAAAACACCCACACACAUAAACAAUAAACGUGCUACCCCCCUAUUGCCCCAGGCCUCUCUCCAGGGAAUGGUUUGCCAGGUAAUAGGUUAUCGGCAGGAGAUCCCACUGGACACUGAGAGGUUGGCAUUCAGCUGUAUCUUAGGUAUGCAAUGAGUUUUCUUUCUUUCUAAUUAAAAAUGUUAGUAACAUGCUUCACUUAUUUCCUCCAUUGCUGAGAUUCUGUUCCUUACAUUGUAAACUUGAAGAGGAAACCAAACCUGAUAAUGUGGUCCAGUGAGCACAUCCAUGUCUGUGAAUUCUACCUCCAGCACAACCAAGCCUGAUACCUCACACACAAGCAAAAACAAGAGGAGGAAGACCACAGGGGUCUUCAGAGGCUACAGUUUUUCCAUUGUUUUCUGUGUUUUAAAACAAAUGCUGUAUCUAACCAAACUGUGAAAGAAAUAUUCUCUUUGGUCAAGUGACAUGGUCCCCUUUCCUUGGAUUCUAUUCUACUUUGUCAGCUGAGACCCAUAAAUGGUGUUUGAAAAAAAA